GCGCAACCUGGUGGUUGCACUGUACACGCGGCGCGACCAAUGCUCGAUGAUCGGGCUGUCCCAUCCCGAAACUCGCAUUCUUCCCCAGACAGGAGUCAAACCCAAGCACAGGACUCCUCCUCCAUGGAGCAAUCCCCUCUCACUCUGCAGCCUCGACCUGAGGCCUUUCAGCAGAAAAUAGUACAGCUCUACGAAGUGCUUUUCAAGGAUGAGGACGAGGGCGACAAGUCGGAAGGCUUCUGGAAGGUCUUCUUUCUACUCAAGCCGGACCAGGCGACACUACGGAAGAUCCUCGUCGAUCUUGGACCGGGCGACCUGCUGCAUCUCCAACUACAGACAAGGGAGCUCUUUGCAAGAGCAGUCGCGGUCUUGAAGGACACCUCGGCCGGUGACGCUGAUCAACAUGCUCUAGAUACAUUGAGGACCUUCCUGUCGGCGGUCCUGGCCAAGAAAUACACCAAUCCAAGCUCGGAUAUCAUCACGGUGCUGGCUGGCUUGGACCAUGUCGAUACCAUAUUUACAGACUUUGUGGCUGUUCUGGAUGCGACGAUUAAGCAUGGUAGAAGUGAGGCAUUGCGGCAAAAGGCUGCCGAGGUGGUCCUUGCCGUCACUUCGGGGGCAUACCAGACAAGCCUGCUCACCUACUUCAUACAUCGGGACCUCUUUCCCUCAAUCAUGAAGUUCAUACAAGAUUCCGACAGCCAAGAUCGAACAUCAAGGCUUUUCACGCUGCUCGGUCUUCUCGCGAACUACAACAAAUUCGAGUUCCAAAACCCCUAUCAGCUGCGAUUGAACGACUUCGUCAACGAGGCGACAAUACAAAAGAUCAUACAGAGCACGGGGUAUACUUGUCAGAGACUCAGGCAACAGUUUAUCAAUGUUCAAGACGACUUGCCAGAGGGAUGGACUCUAUCAAGCACUCUCAACAUGAUUGGAUUGGGUGCCAUUGCUCCAGGAGGCAGACCCGCCCCGAAACAAGUAUACGAUGCAGAAACUGCCAAGCAAAUGUUUUCGAAGCUGCCUGGAGAGGAGGCAGCCGCUCUCCUAGCAACCUACGACUUUGCCCACGCCAACAAGCUGUUCUGCUUCAACUUCGUUACCUUCAGCGCGGGGAAGGGAGAGGAACUUCCAUUCGCAAGCUACAUCUCUCUUACUUCGUACCUCCUUCAGCAUGCUCACCUCUCGCAACGAACCACAUUGUACUCGCACCUCAACCUCAUGGUCUUCCGCCUCCUGAUCGAGGACCCGGUCCUCUGUAAGCGCAUGUGCAGUGACGAGAGCAAGGUCGCAGUGCGUCUCUGCCGCCAGCGGCAACCGUACCUGCCUCUUGUGCGUAAUGAGCGGGUGCUUGCCACUGCCGUUAUGGAUACCAUGGUUGACGCUAUCAACCACAACCUCCGACGCCGGCUGGACGUCAGGCUGUACACGUUAUGCGUGGGCAUACUCCUCCGGAUCUUGAGCUACAUGUCGCGGUCAAGGACCCGAUUGCAGUACCAUUGGGGAGAGCUCUUCCGCUCCCUUCUGUCUCUGAUCCGCUUUUUGACAACCUACGCCCCCGACUUAAAAGACGUCCCACACAUCGACAUCCUGCUCGACCACGUUGUCAACCUGAUCGCCCUUGCUCUGUCGGCCGGCGAGGCCUUCCUCCCCGGCCCGGCCGCCUACGACGACCUGUUCUACAAAGUAGUUGAGACGGGGGAGAUCCUGGUCAAGUUCCGCGAGACGUACAGCCUCGCAAACCGGCCGAGCAACUCGAUAGACACGCUCGUCAACGUUAGCACGCACUACAAGGAGAUGCUGGUGAACGGCGGGGCGGACGGGAAGGUGGUCGGCAGGAGGACCGGCUCGAACCUGACCAGCCUCCAGGUCGCCGAGGUGAUCAAGCAGGGCUACGAGACGCUGAGCAUACAGGCCAAGGAGGGCCUGGAUAGCUGGGAGAGGUACCGCGAGGCGGACGAGCGCACGCUCUUGAAGAAGAUGGCGAGAACCGCUGUUGCGGAUGUCAGGGUGCUCGUGGAAGAAUAGGUGCUUGAAUCUGAGCGGCGACUACUGGCGUUGGGCUUCUUAAGGCAGGCUAGAGAGGUUUUGGAAAUGCUUGAUUCCGGGGUUAGGAAAGUGGAGGGCCUGACUGGAAGUUAGAUUGAUUGCACUGCGUGGUACUUGGAGAACCGAUUCGAACACCAUGUUUUGCUAUUUCUGAUGUUCUCGUCCUGGUCCAAAUUGCAAUCCAAUGGCUGCUGAUUAAUAGGAAGCUCAAGUGAAGAGAAGGGUUGAAUAAUGGGUGACAUCUGAUUGGCUCGGCGGAGUACCGGAGAACGGGCUAGGUUAGCGCCGACCCGACCCUUGAAAACAUGUCAUAAAUCGGCUGUCGGUUGGUUGUGUUGGGG